AUGUACUUUACAUCACUUGCCCUUGCGGCCUUCGCGGUCGCUGCCUAUGCUCUACCAGUGGAGGAGGCUACCAAUGCUGCAGUCCUCCCUCCCAUCCAUCAGAAUGUAGCUCGAGCAGCAGUCCCACAGAAGAGACAGCUCCCAUUGCCCAAAGAAAGCGGAGACCAAUCCUACGCCCAUUACGCCGUCAACCACCAUAACAAGCAUCGACAAAACCAUACCUUCGACGGCAGACCAACCCAAAUGAUCAGAUGGAACCUGACCGCCGUCAGAACAGCCAGAAAGGUCGCCGAGCUCUGCAUCUUCGCCCACAAAAUGGACCAAGACGGCGGCGGCUACGGCCAAAACCUAGCAGCCGGCUACAAAGCCUCCAACAUCUCCGGCACAAUCACAGACCUCUGGUACAACAACGAAGUCGCCGCAUACCGCAACUUGUACGGCCAGGCGCAGCCUUCGUACGAUAAUUUCGGUGCCUGGGGCCAUUUCUCGCAGGUCGUGUGGGAUGGGUCGACGCAGCUGGGGUGCUAUACGGCGGAUUGCUCGGCGAAGGGGUUGCAGAAUGUGGGAGGGAGUGUGCCGCCGUAUUUGACGGUUUGUAAUUAUUAUCCUCCUGGCAACUUUGGGGGACAGUAUGCUAAGAAUGUGGGGAAGCCGGCUGGAGGGGCUAGGUUGAGCUGGGAUUGGACACCUUAG